GUCCCGGGCCGGCUGUGCCGUCGUCGCUGCCUCCCGGCGCCCCGCGAGCAGGAGACGGAGCACGGAGAGAGGGCCGCGCGGGCGUGCGCCUCGGCCGGCCACCGUCUCCCCCAGCGACCCGUGCGAGUGCGGCCAGACGGCAGGUUUGAUAAUGGGCUGCAUUAAAAGUAAAGAAAACAAAAGUCCAUCCAUUAAAUAUACACCGGAAAACCCUCCAGAGCCUGUAAGCACAAGUGCCAGUCAUUAUGGAACGGAACACACUACAGUUGCCCCAACCUCUUCCACAAAGGGAACAUCUGUCAAUUUUAACAGUCUUUCCAUGACACCAUUUGGAGGGUCGUCUGGAGUGACUCCUUUUGGAGGAGCAUCUUCCUCAUUCUCAGCGGUGCCAAGUCCAUAUCCUACAGGUUUAACAGGUGGUGUCACUAUAUUUGUGGCCUUAUAUGAUUAUGAAGCUAGAACUACAGAAGACCUUUCCUUUAAGAAGGGUGAAAGAUUUCAAAUAAUUAACAAUACGGAAGGAGACUGGUGGGAAGCAAGAUCAAUUGCUACCGGAAAGAAUGGUUAUAUCCCUAGCAAUUAUGUAGCACCUGCAGAUUCCAUUCAGGCAGAAGAAUGGUAUUUUGGAAAAAUGGGGAGAAAAGAUGCUGAAAGAUUACUUCUGAAUCCUGGGAAUCAGCGAGGUAUAUUCUUAGUCAGAGAAAGUGAAACCACUAAAGGCGCCUAUUCCCUCUCUAUUCGUGACUGGGAUGAGGUUAGGGGUGACAAUGUGAAGCAUUACAAAAUCAGGAAACUUGACAACGGUGGAUACUACAUCACGACCAGAGCUCCGUUUGAUACUUUGCAGAAACUGGUGAAGCACUACACAGAACAUGCUGAUGGUUUAUGUCACAAGUUAACAACUGUGUGUCCAACUGUGAAACCCCAGACUCAAGGUCUAGCAAAAGAUGCUUGGGAAAUCCCUCGAGAAUCUUUGCGACUGGAGGUUAAACUGGGUCAAGGAUGCUUUGGUGAAGUGUGGAUGGGAACAUGGAAUGGAACCACAAAGGUAGCAAUCAAAACCCUAAAGCCAGGUACAAUGAUGCCAGAAGCUUUCCUUCAAGAAGCUCAAAUAAUGAAAAAAUUAAGACAUGAUAAACUUGUUCCAUUGUAUGCAGUUGUUUCCGAAGAGCCAAUUUAUAUUGUCACUGAGUUUAUGGCAAAAGGGAGCUUGUUAGAUUUCCUUAAAGAAGGAGAUGGAAAAUAUUUGAAACUUCCACAGCUGGUCGAUAUGGCUGCUCAGAUUGCUGAUGGUAUGGCGUAUAUUGAAAGAAUGAACUAUAUUCACCGAGAUCUCCGAGCUGCUAAUAUUCUUGUAGGAGAAAAUCUUGUAUGCAAAAUAGCAGAUUUUGGCUUAGCAAGAUUAAUUGAAGACAAUGAGUACACAGCAAGACAAGGUGCAAAAUUUCCAAUCAAAUGGACAGCGCCUGAGGCUGCCUUGUAUGGUCGGUUUACUAUAAAGUCAGAUGUGUGGUCAUUUGGAAUACUACAGACAGAAUUGGUAACAAAGGGGAGAGUACCAUAUCCAGGUAUGGUAAACCGUGAAGUACUGGAACAAGUGGAGCGAGGGUACAGGAUGCCUUGCCCUCAGGGCUGUCCAGAAUCCCUCCAUGACUUGAUGAAUCUUUGUUGGAAGAAGGACCCUGAUGAGAGACCCACAUUUGAAUAUAUUCAGUCCUUCUUGGAAGAUUACUUCACUGCUACAGAGCCACAAUACCAACCAGGAGAAAAUUUAUAAUCCAAGUAACCUGUGUGUGCAGAUCUUCCAAAACAUAAAGACCUUUGGGAGUUUGUCACGCACGGGAAUAAGAAGAUACCUUUCACUCUGCAUGUUUCUAUGGUAAACUGGAAUUCCAGAUAAUGGUUGCACAAAACAGUUUUCCCCCCAAGUGUUAAACACUAAAGUACCAAUGAUAUAUCUUAUAACUUACUUCAUGGUCCAAAGAGCGUCAAGCUAAGAUAAUGUGACUAUGUUGGGAUAGCAUGGUAAGAAAGAGCAACAAGACUACUGUUUACUAGUCACUUUCCUUCCUUCCCAAAACUAGGAGAAAACUAUUUAUUGAUGUGGACAAAAUUUGAGCUCUUACACCAUAUUAAAAUUUAAAAUCAAAGAAUUCUAUGGGACCAAAUAAUUCCAUUCCAGUUUUUUUAAAAAAAUCUCUCGCAUUUUUUUUUUCAAAAGUUAGGUUUUUGUUUCGUUUUGUUUUUCUAUUUGACAGUUGCCAUGCAGUCUUAACACAGACCUCCUUUUGUGUGGAAUGGGCCAAGUCUUCCAAAAGCAAAAAGGAGAUUAUAAACAAGAUCAAACACUUGAUUUAAUGUUAGACCACAGCAAUGGAAUUUGGAAGCAUAAUACCCUAUGUUCACACUUAGUUCAUAGAACUGGAAAGUAGAGACAGCUUUUUUACUUUCGUCAUUUUGAAUUGUUCAUAAUGAAAGUACCCAGAAUGUGAGCUUGUCAUUUGCAAGGUUGUAUUGAUUGUCUUAAGGCAAUGUACAAUUGAAAUUAUAUCCAGUUCCAGAGAAAAUUCUUACUAUUUACAUAGCAUAAAAAUAAAAGCCCAGCAUUUAAGCAGUCCAUUUUAAAAAAAUAGAUGGAGCACUGUGAAGCGUUGUUAAGUGUGCUUUUAUGGUGAUUGACUCCACACAUAAAAAACAUCACUAGAUCAGGGACUUGAAUGCACUUUGUAAGUAUAGAAUAGGAGAGAGGAAAAUGUAUUUAAAUAAGUAUGAGAGAAGAAAAUGUGAAAAUUUUACAGAUACUGGGGUGGGAUGGAGUGUUUAAUGUUGGUGUUGUGGAGUGACAUCAUGGCUUUGCUGGCACUCAGAGCUCCUCAUUAGCUGUUUCUGAGACUUAAAAGUUAUCAAGUAUGACUGUAAAACUAAUUUUUCUUAACAUAUAUACUAAAUAAGUUUUACAGCCUCAAAAUAGUGAAGAUAAGGCUUAACACUAAUUUCAGUGACCCUAUUUUAUACAGAACCUUUUUAGAACUCAAAUUUUCAAAUUUCUGAAACUUCACUUACAUUUCAAAUAUACUUGAUGAUUAUAGUUUCCUUUCAUAAUAUAAUCAAUUUGAGGAAGAAUACAUAUCCUGAGUAAUAGUAAUUUAAAGAGGGGAUUUUUGCCAGUUUAAAGUACAGAAGUAAAACUUUAAAAAUGAGUUUUUCUAACUCAAAUUAUGAAGUAUUAAUUUGAAUUGAGUAGUGCUAAUGGUUUAAAGGUCUAGCAAGGAAAAAACUGAGUCUGGUAAAUAAAUUAAAAGUUGAAUAUUAAUGUUUUUUUAAAUGCUUUGUUUUAUAGUUACACUUUAAAGCAUUGUAUCAAGUUCUUCUAUUUUCAGCAUAUAAUUUUAAAUUUCUAUCAUUUUAAUCACUAAAUUUAAAGUUCUGUGCCAUGGUAAAUUAUGUUCAAAUUUAACUUUUUAAAUGUGACAAGUGAACUUUAUGCAAGUUGACUAAAAGUUCUAUUUUUUUUUUCCCAAUUAACCUAUUCAGAGGAUCUCCUGAGAAGAGUGUCGUCCUUAUUUGCCCUGAUGUCUGCAGUUUGUGUCAUGAGUGUUUUAAAGGGCUUCAUGUGAUCUGUGGUAUUGUAGUUUUUCUAAGCAGUCUUCAAAGGGUAAAGAUGUUUAUGUACUAAUUCUGGUCAGAAAAAUAAGGCAGGAAAAGUUGAUGGCAUUCUUUAGAUUUUAAAUGAAUUGAAUGAGGCAGUUCUUAUAAUAACACUUGUAAGAAUACAACAUUAACUUAAUGUGUAUUCAGUUUAAAUUGUUACGUAUUUUUAAAUUGUCAAGAAAAGAAACAGUUUUGUACAUUUGAAGAUUUUUUUUCCCAACAGCUUUCAUCUUUAUUGUCUAAACUUGGAACUUUAACCCUUACCAAAAAAGAAAAGUUGGCAAAAACAGCCUUCUAGCACACUUUUUUAAAAAUAAAUAAUGAUAACCUAAGACUUAAUAUUUUUAUAAAAUGUUGUGAUAUUGUUUUGUGGAUAAUUGAAAUAAAAAUCUUUGUUGUAUGCAUCUA